GGUACUUGUCACUACAUCAUUACCACGUCGUCAACAUCAAUUUUCUGCCGACAGCAAUGGAAAGAUCCCGAAGAGUGCCAUCAGAGAGUAGUCACAGCAUCACUAGAACAAAUGUCAGAACACGAAAAAGGUGAACAACAAGGCUUGAAGAAAGGUCGUCUACUAGCUGUGACGAAUACGAACAUCAAUAGCCAUGCAGCAAGUGCAGCAUCAACAUCAUGUACAACUGCCUUCCUAGAAUUGGAUAGUGGCGCCGCUCGCUUUCUGACCUUGUUGUCAGGAACUUCUAUCCAAUGCCAUACGAAAUGUCGCCAGGAGGCGCAGGGAACGGGUUUCUUUCCAGUUCAUUGGUUUGAAUGAUGCGAUUUUUCCGGGAGAUCUUGGAAAUAGCCUUCGUUCCAUUGAUAGAUCUUCGAAAUAGAACUCCACUCUACUUUUUCAGGAAGUUGCGUAAAAGUAGAGUGGAGCUCUAUUUCGAAAGCAGGAGAAAGGACUAUUAUGAAUGCGACCAUCCGCACCGUUUCGUACUUUUUAUAGAAGUCUACUUUUCUCACACAUUCUGUGCUUAUCGAUGUAGGAAAUGCAACAGUUGUUGCCAUGCUCGAUGUGUGUGAGUUCUACGCCGCCACGAAUGAAUGCACUACUGCUACUAAGCACCCUUACCAGGCAAACAAACAGUGAAAGAAAAAGGAAACAUGUCCCCUACCCGCCUCUUUGUAACGUCGGGCCGUACCCCGUAAAUGGGUUUACAACUAUUACUACUACUACUACAGGCUGGUCUUGUGCAAGGUUUGGGCAUUGUCGUCGUGUAAUUUAGCAGAGACGCUGCAUCGUUUCGAGUAGCGGAGCGGAACAGAAACAGUGUGGGGCGGGUCUCUCCGUGCAAUUACAUUGUUCCGAGCAGCGGAGCGGAACAGCGUGGCAUGAAGGAUUUCUCCGCAUGUGAACGGAGGAACUUGCUCCAGCAGUUUGAUAAGGUCAUCCACCUCUACUUUUUGUUCGUUCAUGAUUUCACACCUAUUCUCACGAAACAAGAUUUUAUUUUUUACCUUAGAUACUUCUAUAAAUAUGCUAUAAUUGUCUCCAUUAUGUUACAAGUUGUUUAGGACUAGCUCUAAAAGUUACCUGUUUCUUUUUACCAGAUAGAUGCCUAUUAUUUAUCCCGCUUAUGUUGAAGAUGAUCACGACUCAGGAUGCAAUCCCCCUUUCCCUCCUGCCAAUGCAGCUCCUCUCAGAAUUACAAGCAGUACCUCCCUCAUCCAUCAAGACCGGUUCCUGGAUUCAAAAAAAAAAAGAAAAGCAAAGGAACUAGUCGCUUUAACAUGAAAAAGUGAGUGUCUAAAAUUCUACGACAGUUUAACUUGAUUACUCAAGAACGAACUAAAAACGUGAAUUAUGUUUUCUCUUCUUUUCGACUUAAACUUUUCCAACAUGGGCAAAAAGUGUACAUGUAGCCUCUCACAAUUAUAAUGUUUCUCGUAGUACCUCCC